CUCCACGUUGCGCUCGUACGGCCGGUGUCCACCAGGCGGCGCCCUCUCCGUGCACUCGGGUGCCAGAGCAGGUGCGCCGAGGUGAGGCAGGGCCGAACAGAGGCUCGGCUGUUUCCGCCGCGGCUCGGCACUGAACCGCUGUGGAUGUGGGAAUGCGGUUGCCGGAGGCAGCGGGCAUUGCUGGACACUCGGCGGAGAUGUGCGCACAGACACCGGAGCCCUCAGCGGUUGGCUGCUGUCCAAGUUAGCGGGCUUGUGUGUUUUUUUUGCGGGGGGAUGUGGCUGGGAGCCCCGGUGUCGCUCGGAACAGAGCAGCUUUUUUUUUUUUUUUUCACCCAUUUUUUUUUUUUCCUUUUUUUUCUGGGGAUUUUUCUACCUUGUUGAGGGGGAGACGAGAAUGAGAGAGAAGCCAGGAAGGAUUCCCCAGCACCAUGGAGCCACGCAUUGCAGGCAGCUGUGAAAGAUGACAGUGAAAUGAAAUGAAAAGCAUCUGACCCUCAACUGUAAACUUUGACCUGGUGCUGCUGCACAAAGGAGUGACAGUACCGACAGCAUCAAGUUGUGGAGUUUGUGAAGCCAACAGCAGCAUCAUGUUCUACGGUUCUUCCUCCGGGGCCAGUAUGUCCCUGCCGUCCAAGAGCCGCCUGAAACGUCAGAGCAGGACCUUCACACAGGUGCUGUACCGUACUCUGAGCUACAGAGACCGUGUCCCAGUUGAAACUGGAACAAACACUCGUGGGGACCGGCGCUCGACGACUGAACCCCCAGAGCGACCGGCAGAUGAUCCGGCGGAACUCUCCACCCAGAGCUCGGCCCCCGGGGUCCUGAAGAUUUUUGGAGAUGAAAUUUGUGCCGGUGCCAACUACAAGAGCGUUCUGGCCACGCCACGGUCCAGCGCGCAGGAACUGGUCAAAGAGGCGCUCGAGCGUUACUCACUGAACAAGAAUGCUGCACACUCCUACGUCCUGUGCGACGUGAUCGGGCGUCUGGAGGGGGGCGGCGGGAUAGGAGGAGCGGGGUGGCGAACUGAGUGUUUGCGUGCGCUGGGGGACAACGAGAAGCCGCUGUUGCUCCAAGAGCUGUGGAAACCCCGAGAAGGACACGCUCGCAGGUUUGAGCUGCGCAGGAGAGCCGAGGUGGAGGAACUCAACGCCAAGGAGAAGGACACCAUCACUGCUGGGCCCAAAACUUCCCAAUUCCUGGCGGCUCUAAUGGGUCGGUCUGGGCUGGGCAAACACAGGAGCUCCCCCCUGCGGUGUGGUCGAGUGGUACAGUCCAGCUCUAAAGAUAUUAAUGCUCAGGCUCGUAAGCUCCAGAGGAACAGGGCGAAGGGGACGCUGACCCUGCCCCGGUCCAGCAACUCAUCCUUCUGCCGCAGCCUCAGCGAGACCAGCCUCAACCAGCUGGGAGUGGGCGACGAGCCCAAACGUUAUUACUCCACCCUGCCAGGGCCCUUAAGGGCUCGAGAACGUGAGGCAGCGUCGAGCGGUCGGAGGAAAGAAGAGGGGAGUCAGGGAGGGGUGAGGCACUCGCUGUACCAAUCCCCUCACCUCCUGCUGCUGCAGGGAUACAACCGGCAGGACUGUUUGGUGUACCUGCUGAACAGAGAGCAGCACACAGUCGGUCAGGAGACCCCAUCAGCGCGCCCCAACAUCUGCCUCUUCUCGCCCGACAUCCUGCCCCUCCACUGCCGCCUGCGCCGAGUCCCCGCGCCCCGUCGUCACGCCAACAACAACAACAAAGGAGAAGAGGAGAACCAGCGGUUCUGCGUCGCCGUUGAGCCGGUGCUGCACGCCACAGUCCUGGUGAACUUCUCCCGCUGCGAGCGCUCCACCACACUGCGACACGGUGACCUCCUCUCCUUUGGAGCGCAUUACAUCUUCCUGUACAAGGACCCCGCGGGCUCUAAGCCUCUGCCUGCUCAGACCUUGGCACGCCUUCGCUCCCUUGGGCAGCUUUACGAUGUCGGGGUGGAGGAGGGAGAGGGCGGAGCUCAGACUUGUAAGCUGUGUGGUUCUGUGCUGAAGGACAGAACGGCACAGGUGUUGAGUGCUCCGGCAGUCAGACGCACCUUCAAACCUCACCUUGUGAAAGCUCGCAGCGGGGUGACAGCAGCAGGAGUACCGCUGAGUUUGUCGGGAGGGGACGGUGUAGGAGGAGGAGGAGGAGGAGGAGGAAGAGGAGGAGGAGGAGGUGGUCAGAAACGAAGGCUACAGCUGGAGUUUGACCAGACGCACGAAGACCAGCUGUUGAACAGGAUUGUGUCUCUCAUAGAACCUGGAGGAGACGACCAUAAGCUGACGCCUGCCUACCUGCUGUGUCUGUGCAUACAACACUCUGCCUCAAACUUCCCACCUGGGAGUUUUGGAAAACUGCUGCUCAAGAUCGUCCGAAGAAUCCAGACCAUCGCGUGGGAGAAGACAAAGGAGCUGGCUCAGAAGCAAGCUCAGCAUAGCCAGGACCCGGCCUCCCUGUCUCUGCUGAGUAUCUCAGACUUGAUCCCGGACCUGCAGACCAUCUUCUUCUGGAUGUCAAACUCCAUCGAGAUCCUCUACUUUAUCCAGCAAAGAGCUCCAGCGUACACACACAGCAUAGAGACACUGCAAGGGUCAAAGGAGUCGUUGCUUUCGGCAACCAUAUCAGCCAAUGAGGAGGCAAUGACUAUCUUGGAAGAAGUGAUCAUGUACACUUUCCAACAAUGUGUCUACUAUAUCACCAAGGCUCUUUAUGUAGUGUUGCCAGGUUUGUUGGACUGUAAUCCAUUCACAGUUGACAGCUCUGAGCCAUGCUGGAAAGGAGGUGUAGGGUUUCCUGAACCUGUGCGCAGGGUCCUGCAGGUUUUUCAGAAUGGCCAGGAGCUUUUGCAGGGCUACCAGGUCCACCCGGAGAUCCAGGCUCAGAUGUUUGCUUACCUCUUCUUCUUCUCCAACGUGUCACUUUUUAACCAGCUAAUGGACAAAGGUCCAUCUCGGGGAUGGUUCCAGCGCUCCAAGGUGCUGCAGAUUCAGGCUUGUCUGCGGAUGGUCAUGGAGUGGGCCAGCAGGUCCGGUUUGGGACAUCUGGCAGACAAAUUCUUCACCAAACUCAACAGCACUGUGUCCAUACUGGCCACGCCCCCACAGCAGCUCACACAGUUGAGUUGGCGAGCUUUGUCCAGUGAGCACCCGACUCUGAAGCCCGUCCAGCUGCACAGGAUCCUCACCCAGUACCAGCUCACAGCAGAGAUCGGACCCGUCCCAACAUGGCAGCCCAGCAGUGAGGACGAGGCGUAUAUAUACAGAACAGUGGACCUCCUGGAGAGCUUCGAGAACCACCCUCCCAUAGUGCUUCCCAGCGCCGGCUUCAGAGUGGACCUGGACAGCGAGUGUAUCGAGGACAGCAUCUACAGACAGCUGCUCUACGUCCGCCACUACCUGUGGGGGCUGCGCACCAAGACGCAAACACACACCAACACUCCCAGCGUGCACACACACUCCAACGGAACCAACACAGCUGACUGGCCCGACGUUCAGAGGGAGUUGUUGCCUCCGGCCCACAGCAGCCCUCGCUCCGGAGGUCCCGGGGACGAGGUGACAGCAGAGACGGGAGAGGAGAGAGGCCGGGAUAGACCGCCAGGCCAAUCACACACGCACAGCCUCAGAAGGAACGGCACCAUCCACCACGCUCGGACAGCAAAUCCCGACCCGUCCUGCCUCUUGACCCCUCCCAACACCCCGCUGUACCCAGAGGGAGGGGGAGGAGGAGGAGGAGGAGGAGGGCCAAUCAUAGGCUCCACCACCCAGACUAAUGGCUGCAGCAGCAGAGCUGUAGCAGAAUGUAAGAAGACUAACGGACUCAUCACCAACGGACUGGAGGGGUGUAUUAGUGGGUGUGAGUUUCCUUUCCCUGUGUCCUCCCCUGGCGCCCCUCCCCUUCCUGAUGACUUGUGUGUGGUGUUUGUAGUGGAACUGGACAAGGGACCCUACGGACUGGGCAUGGGACUCAUAGACGGCCUGCACACUCCUCUCAACGCUCCAGGCAUUUACAUCCGGACUCUGAUCCCCGAUGGACCUGCUGCCUCCGACGGCAGACUGAGGAUCGGGGAUCGCAUCCUGGCGGUGAACGGGACCAGCCUGAUCGGAGCAGACUACCAGAGCGCGGUGGAUCUGAUUCGUCUGGGAGGAGGUCGCCUACGCUUCCUGGUAGCCAAAUCCGACCCGGACGUCUCAGAGAAGAUUAGUGCCUCCUCGUGCUGACCACCUGUGAGGUAGGACGGCGAGGCGACGAGGGAUACAGAUGUGUGCGCUGGUGAACAGGGUACACACAAACACACGCCGCCUUCCCCCCCCUCUCUACGCGUUCAUACGCAAAAUGAAAUAUGAAUGUGAAAACUACAACAGCACAAAGCCAAGCACUCAAACUGGAGAUGACGCUCCACGGCUCCACUCCACAGCUGCCAGACCUGCUUCACCUCACGCUGACUCCUGCUGGGUUUGUGCGACAGACAGAAUCCGUAACCCACGGCGACAUCAAAGGAAUGCGCUGUGAGGAAAGUUGCCUAAUUAAUCAGCGUCUGAGGUGGGCGAGGUCUCACCAGCCAGUAUGCAGUCUGAUGUGGUUUAAAGCACAGUAGCUUCUCUCCUGUCAGUCCUUGGAGCGUGUGCGCACACUGGACUUUUUCCACCUGUUUUUAGAACAAUCUGUAUUAGUACUUAAGACAUUAAGUAGCAUGGUUACAUAAGCUACCCACCUCUCAGACAAAUGUACAAUUCUGAAAGCAUUUGCAGUCACACAUCUUGCGACAGCCUCGGUGGAGGCGGGAUGUCUUACACUUUGCUUUUAGAGUGGAAUGUUUUAUAGACCCGUUUGUCAGCAGCUCCCAAAGCACCACCACCUUCUGCUCAAAAAACAAAAACAAACGUGUAUGAAUGUUGACCUUUGUACUGGAUGAGGCAGAGGAAGCCAGCUCAAGAAUGUCAAGACACACGGCCCAGCUCAUUGAACCUCAUCUCUGGACUUUUACCUCCUAAACACAGGUGAACUCUUAAUGCACAGGCGAUGUGCAGCUGUUAAUUAACUACCGGAUCAUAAACACUUCACUCUAGAGGUUCUGAUGCACAAUCCUGGCAUGUACUAACCACAGUUUUGUUGUGAAUAUUUGCUGUACGUACCUGGUUAUUAAGAGAUGUAAAUAGUCGUUUGUAAAUAUUUAACACUCGGUCUCGUAUUGUUCGGACGUUCAAAAGAGAAACUGCAACCACUCAAUCGUAAACACUGAAAACUUCUGAUGGAAAAAAAGGAACUGUUUUCUAGAAUGAGAGAAAUAUGCUGUUGUCAUGGGUUGUUUUUUAAAAAUUAAAUGUUAUUAGUUUCAAGUUUUAUGAACAUGUAUAUAACUCAUCACAUCGUGUCAUUAGCGGGACUUUUGUUGAAAGGGUAACUCCACCCAAAUUACAAAAACUUUAUUUUACUUCUAGUGGUAUUGAGCAUUAGCAGAUAUUUUAUUGUGCACAGCCUCUAAUAAUGAGCCAUCUGGUGAGAGUUCCUGUACUUUUUUAUAAAAAUAUGUCAAUGUCAGGUUUUCCCCCGUAUCAGGCAGCCCUAAAUGAAGGUGAUGGAAUUUAGUUUGCGGUUGUUCACAGUACCGCCCAAUCACAUUUUAAGAAGGCAGUUGUCUUCAGUCUGCUGACCUCUAAUGUUUUUUUAAAAAGGACUAUUUUUUGAUAGAAAGUAGAACCAGUGAAUCACUGCGAGAUCCGGAUUAUCCAGAGUGACAGGGACAUUUUUUCUUGAAAGAAUAUGAUGAUGUGUUUUUGUUUUUUUUUUAAAAGUAAAUUUUCAAUACUGCCCAACACCACAACUUUAUAUUAACUUCCAUCACAUUGAGGUGGAAGCAGAAAUCUCAGAGGCAUAUCUAAAAAUCUAGGGAAGUAAAACCAAAACUACCUGCUCAGCUAGAUACCGGACAUAACGUGUUUUAUGUAAUUUGGCUGCACUUACCCUUUAAAAAGGAGGUUCAGCUUCGAACAGUAACAGGUCACCUUGUAUAAAGCCCUUAUUUCAAAAGGGAAAAACGCUCUGCUAAUCAGUUUUAUUCUGCCUGGCCUUCAGUUCUGACCUCAGCUCUGUAGCGCUCCCCCGGGACGCUCUGGAUCACCAUCUCAGGGGCAGUGACCCUCUGCCAGCCUGCGAUCAGUCGCUCUGCAGAAAGAGGAAUUCACCGACUCCCUGAGCAGAGAGAGGCCAGGAGGAGGCUGUCACAGAGUACCGAAGAGUGCAGGGCAGCUGUGGUUGAUGUUUACUGGGGCCGCAAAUAUGAAUAUUUUCAUUAUCGCUGAAUCUGUUCAGUCUGUAAGAUUUAAUAAAUUUGUUCAGCCUGUUUUGUCAGGCAAUAGCCCAAACCUACACACCGUCCUGUAAUACUGAGUGAUUAGAUCAGUGUUAAUGUUGACAAUGAUGUUGGUUAUUUUUCCUGUUAUUUACACAAUGACAAAAAUGUCAGUCUUAACAUUGUUUCUUUUUUUUUUCUAUCAGCUUUGUUUUACUCUCAACUUUUGAUUCUGUUCAUUUCCUUGCAGUAACAUUUUGGUCCACUUCAAGGUUUGUAUGACAUUGAUCUCAUGCAUGUCUCUUCCUCUCUGUUCAUUAUUUAUACCGUUAAAAAAAAAAAAAAGAUUGUACUGAAGAAUAAAGAUUGUUGGAUACUUGCAUUUCUCUGCUUAGAAACCAAAUGGGAACAAUGUGCAGUGUGAGAAAGGACAAUGAAAUUAUUAAGUCAAUGAGGAAUUUUAAUUUGUGCUACACAUUUUAACAAAUCACAAAAACAGGUACAUUUAAAAAUACAGAUACUUCUCUAUUUCCAGAAUGUUUACGUAUUGAUGACAGCUGUUUUUUUUUUUUAAACACAUAGCAAAAUAUUUUUUCUUUUUUUCCAAAAUAAGAAAAAAAUACCUUCUAAAUAGCUUUGUCAUUUAGCAGAUAGAGCAGCAUACAAUCAUUACGCAUCUUUUUUUUGUUUUGUUUUUUUUUUCUAAUGUGCAACAACAAUCACUGAAACCUUGCGCGAAAACUGUGCCUGAUCGCCAGCUAAAAAAAACAAAACAAAAUGAGGCCCGUGCAUUCAGAAAAAAGCUAAAGGCAGAGUGAGAAUGAGAGAUUAGAAAGGGUUGGGGGGGGAGAAAGUGCUGGAGAAUAUCUAAUUAAGGCAGAGUCUGUGACAGGAAUUGCCGACAGCUUGAUGCCUCUGUAGAGACGGCAAAGAUAGAGAUUCUGCUCGCUGAGGAGAGGAGAGGUAGAUUGGGAGAAAGAAGGUUAAUGUCUUUUAGGGGAAAUUGAAAGCAAACGAGAGUAGAAAAAAGGUGUCAAAAGUACCAAACAGAAAAGAAAGAAAAAAGACGAGAGCAUUUGAAAUUUGUGGUCAUGUGUUGGUCCCGCCCUUCCCCUGAUAAAACUGA